AUGCCUUCUCGAGACCCACAUCUUCAAUUCGAAAGGUGGGCUCGUGAAUACGGUCCUGUCUACAGCUUGAUGCUGGGUACAAAGUGCCUCAUCGUCCUGUCGAGUGAUGAGGCCGUGAAGGAAUUACUAGACAGACGAAGUGGCAUUUAUUCGCACCGGCAGGAGAUGUACAUUGGUCAAACUUUGUGCAGCGGAGGUCUCAGAUUUUUGAUGAUGGAGUAUGGGCCAAAGUGGCGUGGGUUCCGCAAAAUGGUCCACGGCUUAUUGAACGUAACCACCUCGAGGAAAUAUGUCGCUUAUCAAAUGCUCGAGAACAAGCAAAUGCUCUACCAAUUUCUCAAACAGCCAGACAAUUUCCUGCAGCACAUUCGCCGAUACUCAAACGCACUUACCACGACGAUGGUAUACGGAUGGCGCACACCAACAUACGAGGACCCAAAGAUGAUACAGCUCUUCGAAGGCUUCUCCGAAUUCGCAGUCAUAAACCAGACUGGAACGGCGGCUCUCAUUGACUUCUUCCCCUGGCUCCGGAAUCUACCCGAAUUCCUCCUCCCACUCCAACGAAAGGCAAAAGAGCUUCACAAGCAUGAAAAAGCUCUGUAUUUAUCACACUGGAUGCGUGCCAAGGAAGAAACACAACAGAAUACAAUCAAACCGUGCUUCUGUGCUGGAAUGUACGAGGCACAAAAGGAAGAUGGAUUUAGUGACGAUCAGGCAGCCUACAUGGCCGGAACAUUGCUUGAAGCCGGGUCUGACACCACAUCGAGCACCUUGUACGCAUUCGUGCAGGCCAUGGUCCUAUUCCCUGAAACCCAACGCAAAGCGCAGGAUGAGAUUGACAAGGUCAUCGGCCCCGAUCGGCUGCCCGAGAUGGACGACCUAUCCAAGCUGCAGUACAUUCGCGGCUGCAUGAAAGAAACACUUCGCUGGAUGCCGACCACCACUCUCGGCGCGGUGCCUCAUGCUGUGACCCAAGAUGAUGUGUACAAUGGCUACCUCAUUCCAAAGGGGGCCGGAGUCGUGAACAACGUGUGGGGUAUCGGAAUGGAUCCCAAUCGACACCCGAAUCCACGUACAUUCGACCCCGAUCGGUAUCGUGACGACUAUCAAAGCCUUAGCGAUGCAGCGGCAAACCCGGACCCAUCGAAGCGAGAUACGUUUACGUUUGGAGCAGGUCGUCGGAUUUGCCAGGGUAUCCAUGUUGCCGAACGGAGUCUGUUUCUCGGCAUGUCGCGUAUCCUGUGGGCUUUCAAGAUCGAACCUGCUUUGGAUGAGAAGGGUAGACCUAUCUUGCCGGACCCCGAUCGCUUGACUCAAGGGUUUGUCUGUAUGCCUGAGGAGUUCCCUGCGAGGAUUACGCCAAGGUCACAGGCACGUGCAGAUAUGGUGAUUAAGGAAUGGCAAGAGGCUGAGAGACUACUGGAUCCAGAAACGAAGCAAUGGCUGGAAUCACCCGCGGAGACGGCCAUGUCUUGA